AUGGUCACCCAUACAGCUUCACCCAGUCAAGUCCUUCGUGCGGACAAUGAUCCUCCAGGCCAGAGACCGGAGUUGACAAGCGAACCGGAGAAGAUAUCGUCAGAACCAGAACGACCAACGACCUCUUAUUUCUCUCUGCCUCAAAAGCAGUCCACCAAUGAGUCCGCAGCUUCAGAAUCCCCUGCAGAGGUUGCGAAGGGGGCAAAGUCCGGCAGGGAAUUACUGCGCCGGCUCAGCCUUGUUGACUCUAGAGGUGCUGAGGCCUUUGAGGUCGACCCUCGAACGGCUUAUCCUGGACUGCGACUGAGCGGGAAUGUUAUCAGUGCUACUUUCUGCAUUCCUUAUCAACUUACGCACGGAGGGAAUGGUGAAUGGACACUGUCGAGUAGGCGCGGGACUUCUGCAUUGUUUGACUCAUUCGCCCAUCUCUCGUCGGGUAAAACCCCUUGGAACCACACCUUGGUCGGAUGGACGGGUGAGAUCCGCACGCAGCAACAAGCAAGAGCUAUCAGCAUAUUGCAGUCCGAUGCGUCAGCAGCAAUAGCGGCCGCCCAAGCCCCUCACCCCAUCAACAAGUCUGCUGCACCCUAUCCAGUAAAUGGCGCCACGCCAAAUACUCACGUCCCUCAUCCUGAUCAUCUGAGAGUGCCUCGUUCUGACCGGAACCGUCUGGAGAAAAUGCUGGCGAACCAUCCAAAUGGCAAAGUCCUUCCUGUGUGGCUGCCGGAGGGCCCAGGAGACGAGGAUGGUGAAUUCGUCUUCAAAGAUCAAAGCCGGUGGCGGAAGUAUGCAGAGCACGAGCUUUACACUCUUUUCCACUAUCGACACCAUGGUCCUGAUGAUGGCCGAGCCGAGAAGACUUCGUGGGCGGAUUACGUGCAGAUGAACCAGUGCUUUGCCGAUCGAAUUUUACACAUCUAUCAGCCCGGGGACAUUGUCUGGAUCCACGACUACCAUUUAAUGUUGCUACCGAGCAUGCUACGUCAACGCAUCCCCAAUAUCUACAUUGGAUUUUUCCUGCACAUCCCCUUCCCUAGUAGCGAGUACAUGCGAUGUCUGCCCCGACGAAAGGAUAUCUUGACUGGGGCUCUCGGCGCGACAAUGAUUGGCUUUCAAUCAUACAGCUUCUCUCGGCAUUUCAACUCCUGCUGCAAGCGCAUCCUGGGUUUCGAUUCGAGUUCAGCAGGCGUGGACGCGUAUGGCGCUCACGUUGCUGUGGAUGUGUUUCCCAUCGGCAUCGAUGUGGCAGCGGUGCAGAAAACAGCGUUUGGCGAUCCUGUAAUAGAACAAAACAUGACAGCCUUGAAGAAAAUGUACGCCGGCAAGAAGAUUGUUGUUGGUCGAGAUCGCCUCGACACUGUCCGAGGGGUGUCGCAAAAACUGAUGGCGUUCGAGAUCUUCUUGGAACGAUACCCGGAAUGGCGCGACAAGGUGGUUCUGAUUCAGGUGACCAGUCCCACGAGCGUCAUGGAAGAGAAGGUGGACGGGGCCCAUAAGAUUGAACACAAGAUCUCAAAUCUGGUGUCGAGGAUAAAUGGCGAAUACGGGUCGUUGAGCCACUCCCCAGUGCAGCACUAUCCGCAAUAUCUCUCUUCACAAGAAUAUUUUGCUCUACUCCGGAUCGCCGACGUGGGACUUAUCACCAGUGUUAGAGACGGUAUGAACACGACCAGUCUGGAAUAUGUCAUCUGCCAGAAAAACAACCACGGACCGUUGAUUCUGUCAGAGUUUUCCGGGACUGCGGCCAGCUUGAGCAACGCCAUCCACAUCAAUCCGUGGGACCUGGGUGGUGUGGCCGAUGCACUGAAGCAGGCACUUGAGAUGCCCGAAGCUCAAAAGAAGAGCAAUCACGAGAAACUCUACAACUACGUGACGACCCAUAAUGUCGCGACUUGGUCAAACAGUUUCCUUAAACGUUUGCUUACCAACCUCACCUCGUUCACUCAGAGCGAUCUUACGCCGGCACUGGACCGCAACCGGAUGGUUCAACAAUACCACGCUGCAAAGAAACGGCUUUUCAUGUUCGACUAUGAUGGCACACUCACGCCGAUCGUGAAAGACCCCAAUGCGGCAAUCCCGUCUGACCGAGUCAUUCGUACUCUCAAGGCCCUUGCAGCCGACCCGCGCAACAACGUCUGGAUUAUCAGUGGCCGCGAUGCCUCGUUCCUCGAAGAAUGGAUGGGUCAUAUUAGCGAGCUGGGCUUGAGCGCUGAGCACGGCUGUUUCCUACGACGGCCCGGGUCGGAGACAUGGGAGAACCUUGCUGCGGCGAUGGACAUGGGGUGGCAGAAGGAAGUCAUGGACGUCUUUUCGUACUAUACAGAACGCACUCAGGGAUCAUGGAUUGAGAAGAAACGGGUUGCACUGACAUGGCACUAUCGGCAAGCCGACCCUGAUUUUGGCGCUUUCCAGGCAAGGGAGUGUCGCAAGGCAUUGGAGGAGAAUGUGAUGAAGAACUGGGAUGUUGAAGUCAUGAGUGGAAAGGCCAACUUGGAGGUGAGACCGCAGUUUGUGAACAAGGGCUUCAUCGCGACGAGGUUGAUUAAUGAAUACGGAUAUGCGAGGGGUGAACCGCCGGAGUUUGUGUUGUGUUUGGGGGAUGAUCAGACCGACGAAGAUAUGUUCCGCGCCCUCCUCAAGACAGAUCUUCCCAAAGAACACGUCUUUGCGUGUACAGUGGGCGCCAGCAGCAAACGCACCCUGGCGGCAUGGCACUUACUUGAGCCGAGUGAUGUUAUUGCGACAAUCGCGGCGCUGAACAAGACAGAGAACUUGUAG